UUCACAAAAUAUCCGGCCAUGGAUGAACCGAAUAAAGCUUUCCAGUUAAGUAAUAAAACAAAAUCUCUUCGAACAAUCCAAAAACAUCAAUUACUAAGAAAAAUGGUACUCUCAUUCUCACAAUUUCGUAGUUUACCGAUGAACAAAUUCAAUUAUCAAUCGACAAUUUGUUAUGGACGUAGCGUCAUGGGGCCAUGAAUCAGAGAAGAAAUCAACGAUGGUCCCCAAAAUUACGUGAAUGUGGAGUUGUGGACUCGAAUUUCCAGAUGCGUUAUCCUUUUUCCAUCUUGCAGAUUGUGUGAUGAUGGAGAAGCUGGUGGAAGUAUCGGAUCAAGUUGUGUGUAUAGACUUUGUUCUCGGCACAAAAUGCAGAGCCACCGUCCGCCUGAGAUCACUCAGCGCCACCACUCCGAUUGCCUUCAAGGUCCAAACAUCAUCUCCUCACAAAUUCCUGGUCAAUCCACCCAGUGGACUCAUCCCUCCUCUUUCCCAAUCCACUUUCCAAAUAAUCCUCAGACCACAACCCCAAAUUCCCUCUGAUUUCCCUCGAUCCCCUUCCGAUCGCUUUCUCAUCCGCACGUCUCGUGCCGGAUCUGCGGUGGACAUCAACACAAUCACUUCAUGGACGUAUGAUGUUAAACUGAAAGUCGCCUUCGUUGGUCCUUUCUUGCUCCGCCAUGCCGUGAAUAAUGGCGAUUGCGAUGCCGUGAGGAGUAUGGUUAAGUUUCAGAGGACAAUUUUAACCGAGUUGUCAAUUCGGGAGGCUGAGUCGGUUCACCGAGUUGCGACACGGUUGGAUAACUCGGUUGAGAUGGUUGGUUUACUACUGGAGGCCGGAUUGAAAGUGGAGUCGACACCUCGGAGUUUAGAGGAGGUGGAGGAAUCCAGAUGGGCGGAGAAAGGGUGGUCGGAGUUACACGCGGCUGUGGCGUUUGAUCGGACGGAUGAGGUUUCGAGAUUGAUUAAAAUGGGAAAACGUGAGACGUUGGAUUGUAAGGAUAGAGAAGGAAGAACACCGUUUUAUUUGGCGGCAAGUAAAGGAUUCGAGAGAUCUGUUAAGAUGCUGGCGGGUGCAGGUGCUAACGUGGACGCAAAGCGUAACGACGGUUGGACGGCGUUGUAUAGGGCGGCGGCGAAAGGUGACCGUCGGAUGGUGAAAGUGUUGAUUGAGCUGGGGGCUGAUCCAUCUAUCACAGCAGAUAACCGGAAUCCCUCCGCCAUUGACAUUGCCCGUGAUGAAGGACAUAAAGAGAUCGUGGAAAUUCUAGAACGAGGGGAAGAGGUGUUAAACGCAGCAAGGCGUGGAGAUCUGAUGCAUCUAGAAUUUUUGCUAGAAAGAGAUGCGAGUGUGGAUUUUCGAGACCAAUAUGGUUUGACAGCGAUUCACAUGGCGGCCAUUAAAGGCCAUAAAGAUGUGGUGAUGUUGCUAGUUGAGUUUGGUUCCGAUAUAGAAUGUACGGAGGCGGAGGGUCGGACGCCAUUGCAUAUGGCAGCGGUAGGCGGUAGCAAGGAUACAGUGGAGGUGCUGAUAAACAGGGGAGCAAACGUCAAUGCUAAAUGUAACAGAGGAGCAACACCUUUACAGGUUGCUCAAACAAUGGGGUAUGAAAUCAUAACACAGUUUUUGCUUCUCCAACAACCUACGUCUUAAUAUUUAUCAGCCCAUUUAAUUACAAAUAUCUAAUUGGUAUUCAUUUGUAUUUAUAUCGUCGAAAAUAUUGAUGUAACAAAUUGAUAUUUCAUUUAGAUAUUUUUUAUGGUUUGAAUUUC